AAUAAUAAUAGAACAAUCAACAGGGUAACUACGCAAAGGGGACAAAGGCGGCCGCAGUCUGGAGAAAACAGUCCGUCAUCUUAACAUUUCGAGCAUCAGUAGUGUUUCACCGUACUGGACGUACAUGGGAUGUAUGAAUAACCAUGGCAACAGCAGCAGCAUCAGCAGCUGCAGCAGCAGCAAGAACGGCGAGCAGCUUGCAGCAGUAAACACUGACCAGCGGAGUCGUGAAUCCGCAGCAGCCUGGAUCAGCGCUGCGGAUGACAGAAGCCUUUGCAGAAAGACAACGGGAAGUGACUGAGAGAUUAGCCAGUGCUGAGCAGAGGGGUCGUGCUGCGUUAGUGUGAAAGGUGAUGAGCUGGAACAGAUCAUGUCUGAAGUCCAGGGAACCGUGGAGUUUUCUGUGGAGCUGCACAAGUUCCAUAACGUGGAUCUCUUCCAGAGGGGGUUCUAUCAGGUCCGUACUGGGCUGAAGGUCUCUUCUCGUGUACCACACCGGUUGAUAGCAACAACAACGGGAUAUACAGGUGACUGCAGUUUUUUGUCUGCAGGCGUACACGAUGGGAGUGCUUUCAGUAAGAUAUUUCAGAUCCUGUACAGGAAUGAGGAAAUAGCGUUGAAUGACUGCAUGGUCUUCAGAGUUCAUUUGCUCCUAGAUGGAGAGAGAGUUGAAGAGGCCCUCAGUGAAGUGGACUUUCACUUAAAGCUGGACCUGCAUUUCACCGACAAUGAGCAGCAGCUGAAUGAACUGGGGGCCGUCCCUCCUAUCAGCAGCCGUACCCUCGGCCUGCAUUUCCAUCCCCGCAGGGGGCUGCACCAUCAUGUCCCAGUCAUGUUUGACUACUUCCACCUCUCCGUCACCUCCGUCUCCAUCCAUGCCUCGCUGGUCGCUCUGCAUCAGCCGCUGAUCAGCUUUGCUCGAUCAGGCAAAGGCUCCUGGUUGGGGAAGGGUUCCCUCGAGAAUGGCACCGAUCCGUCUGCCAUGUCUAUGGAAAACCUCAUGUUCGGGGCUGGCUACUGCAAGCCUGUUUUACCUGAGGGGAGUUUCUAUGUGCCAUCUGAGAACUGCCUGCAGCGUGCUCAGAUGUGGCACCAGAGACUCUGUCGCCUCCUGCUGGCCGCACACAGGGGUCUGCGCUUGUACUACAUCGGGCUGAUGAAAGAGGUCCCUCAGCUCACACAGGUGGAAAUAGAUGAGCUGCCAAUAGAAGAGACGCUUACUCAGCUAUCAACUGAACUACAGCUGCAGACCUGCCACGAGAAGGUGGCGGAGCAGAUCAGCCGAGAUCUGAUGCAGUUGUGCUCUCACCUUGCGGCGCUGUGGGCCCAGUUCCUGGAGACUGUGGUGCCACAUGCUGAUGUUCGCUCAUUCUUGUCCCAGGAACACCACACAUUACGGGUGAGAAGAUUCUCGGAGGCUUACUUCUUUACCGAGCAUUCUAAAGAGUCCUCUUUAACGUUCCAGGAAGACUUAAUCACAAGACAUGGGCAGAUAGCUGUUGAGACUCGAAACUCCGACUAUCUGACCAGAAUGCCCCCUCUGCCCGUUGAGUGCCUAGAUAUCGAUGGAGACUGGAAUAGCCUCCCUAUCAUCUUUGAAGACAGAUAUGUCGAGUCUCCUUGUCUGGAUCACAAGGUAGACAAAGUCGCACCCAGUCCAUCACAUGUGCCAAUCUCCUCUGUGUCUGGCCAGCAAGCUCUUUCCGAUACCCCCACAACAGCUGCUGAACCCACCAGCCCUCCAGUGGAACAUGACUCUCUUGCACCAGCAAUAAACAAGGGCCAGCUCAACAGCAAUGACCGUAUAGACCCGUCUACAUAUGUUUCUUUGAUAGCAAAGCAGAGACAAGGUAAUGAUAGCUGUGAAGAGGCUGACUCGUCUGCAGGCGAGCAUGUCUCACACUGUGAGGAAACAGUUGCCUCGAGGCCUUGCACUACUGACGUGGAGGACGACUCAAGCAGAGGCCUGAAGUAUAUUGAAGUCAGGCCCAGCGAUGAGGACCCUUAUAGGGGAGAUGCUGUACUAAUCCUGGCAUCAGCCAACAAUGACAGCAAAAACCUCUCGCAAGUCUAUGACUUACAGCAGGGUGACCAUGGGAGCGGUAUUUUAAUAAAGAUCCAUGAAAACAAUGAUGGAGCAAUUAGUGAGAAAGAGUGUGAAGGGUGUGUUUUGGACAGUGAAAUGACACCCAUGGCCACUUUAGAGACAAAGCGCAAGAGUGAUGGUAAUGAAGACCAGCUACUAACCUCUUCAUCUACCUCAGAGACACCUCCUUCAGAGCCCUACACGACUCCACUGUUCUCUGCCGAUUUACGGAGAGAGGACCUCCUUCAAGCAGGGAGAGCACACAGAAGGUGCAGCAGUGUUGGUUCAAAGGCUAUGAAGAGGUCCUCCUCUGUCAUCUCUGACUCAGGAAUUGAGAGUGAGCCCAGCUCUAUGGCAUGUCCAGAAGUGCGCUCGCGGCCUCCCGACUUCUCCAGUGAGCGUGACAUCCUGCAGCACCUUGUGCGCAGGCACACAGUCCACAGGAACUCCCUGGAGGGCUUCCAGACGGAAAGCAACACUAGCCUGCCCAGUGGCAUCCAGGCCUCACUCACUUCCAUUAGCUCCCUGCCUUAUGAAGAAGAGCAGGAUGUGGAACUCAGCAAACUGACUAAGUCUGUCUCAGCGCCCCAGAUCAGCAGUCCUGAGGAUAACGAAGAGGACCAGGAGCUGGCAAACCAGGACCUAGAUGAAGAAAGUGAGGGUACUGGAAGCUAUGAUCGGGAAGAACCCGGUAUCACAGAAGAUGACAAACCUAUUGAGUCUCCAGCUGAGAGUAUUGAUAAUAUCCUGAAGAAUGAAAAUACUUUCUUGAACAGGGGGCCGGUCACUAUCCAGCAAGAAAAUGCACCCUACAUGGAUAGCUAUGAUAGCUCAAAAGAUUUUGAUGAUUCUGACAAGCCUGGCCUUAAAGAAAAUCAUUCAGACAUUCUGGGAGUGGAAUCCGUGCUGCGUGGAGUACCAGAAGUCUUGCUUUUUCAGCAGUUUCUCAAGGGGCAUUGUACUGAUGACACAGCAUUCACCCAAAUGUUUGGGAAUUCAGAGGACACCCAAAGUAACAGUAUGUUAAAACUGGAAGAUCCAUUGAGGUCAGUCCAUGAAAAGUUUUUGCUAAAUGAUGACCAGAGUUUCCAUCAAGAUCAGCUGAAUGAGACUGAUAAAAAGGAGCGUAGUCAGCUAGGUGAUGGUCUAAGUCAGCAGCCUGGCGUUGUGGCGGAGACCCCAGCUUGUCCUAUCACUUCCAGGGCAAGUCGGAUGGAUUCCCAGACCGAUGACAGUCAAGGCAAACCCUCCAAAUUACCCACAUCAAGCCUGGCAUUUGUGAACAAGAAGGUGGUUGAGGUGGUAAACAUGUCUGUGUCCUGCGCCCCCACAUGCUUGCCCUUUUCCUCGGUCCUCCGGGACUCACCGUCCGUGGUGGGACUCUCAAACCGCCAGGCAAACUCCCCAAUCACUCGGCAACCACUUGGUUCUUUUGGCCUCAUCUUCUCGUCCUCUCUCUGUGCUGACGAGGAGACCAAUGAGAGGAUGCUCAAUUUCUAUAAGGCCAAAGAGGAGCUGAUGACCCAACUCAACUUCAACGCCACUCUGUACAGCGAUCUUCCUCAGCUUGCCUCCGAGCUUCCCUAUUUUGCCCCUGAGGAAGAUGAGGAGGAGUUUGACGAUGGGAUCCAUUUAGUGAUUUGUGUCCAUGGCCUAGAUGGAAACAGUGCAGAUUUACGCCUGGUGAAGACCUUCAUUGAGUUAGGGCUGCCUGGAUCCAGACUGGACUUCCUGAUGUCUGAGCGAAACCAGACAGAUACCUUCGCUGAUUUUGACACGAUGACGGACAGACUGCUGGAUGAAAUCAUUCAGCAUAUUCAGCUCUAUAACCUCACCAUAGGCAGAAUAAGUUUCAUUGGACACUCCCUGGGUAACGUGAUUAUCCGGUCAGUGCUGACAAGGCCACGUUUUCGUUGCUACCUUUGCAAGCUUCACACUUUCCUAUCACUGUCUGGCCCCCAUCUGGGCACCUUAUACAACAACAGCACACUGGUCAGCACCGGUCUGUGGCUGAUGCAGAAACUGAAGAAGUCUGGAUCACUGCUGCAGCUGACGUUUAGAGAUCACACAGAUCCUCGGAAGACCUUCCUCUAUCUGCUCAGCCAGAAGCCGGGUCUGCAGUAUUUCAAGAACGUAGUGUUGGUGGCCUCACCCCAGGACCGCUACGUGCCCUUCCAUUCCGCCCGCAUAGAAAUGUGCAGGACGGCUCUCAAAGACAGAACCACCGGUCCAGUGUACACGGAGAUGAUUAACAACCUGCUGCGCCCCCUGCUAGACGCUAAGGACUGCCGGCUCAUCCGUCAGAACGUGUUCCACGCCCUGCCCAACACAGCCAACACCUUGAUCGGCCGAGCUGCUCAUAUUGCCGUGCUGGACUCAGAGCUCUUCCUGGAGAAGUUCUUUCUAGUUGCCGGGCUCAGCUAUUUUAAGUAACGUUCGUCUGUCCUUCGUUGUAAGAUAAGAAAGGUAAGAGGUCACUGGAGAUACAGAAGUCAGCUCCACUGUAUAGUUAUGUACAUGUACUUUAUUUUUUUGCCAUUGAUGCAAACAGAAAGUACUAACCCUAAUCUCCCACAGAUAUGUACUUGAAGGAUGACUUAUGAAAGCUUUUAAAAUAGUUCAGUAUGCAUCUCUCUGAUUUAUACGUUUUGUACAUCAUAAACAUGCUUUAAAGCCUCCAGAUUAUAAGCAAUCUGUGAAAAUAUCUUCUUGUAGAAUAAGUGUUGGAAAAACUUUCCCUGAAAGGAAAAGAACGUUUAAGUGUGCUUGGCAAGCAUUUGUUUUUCAAAUCCUGUCUCAACGGGUGUGUGUGCGUGUGCGUGUGUUUUAUGCUGUAUUCUGUCAUCUACACAACCAAGCCAAAUAGAUAAAAUGACUCAUACAAACUCUCACCUAACUCGUUACUGACACUUAUUAUUAACAAAUUGUAAAGUAUAUGGUAAUUGUACUGCAUAUUGUUACAUAUGUUUCUAAUUAAAAAAACAUCAUUCCUAAAUUUUUUAAGGCAUUGCAUUGCACACAUACCAUAAUGUAAAAAUCUGUAAAAAUUUGUAAUGUCAUUAGUAUUGUACAGGAAAAUACAUUGGUGUCCACGGUAUGAGACUAUUCUUAUUGGUAAUAAUUCCAUUAUUGUUUUUUCUUUUUUCACUGGGGCAUCAGCAGAAUCGAUAUCACCAUUUGCUGUGUCACCCUUUAGCAGAACAGCAUUACCAGAAGAAGAUUUUCUAUUCCAUUCACAUGACUAUUUUUCUCAGACAUUUGUCUUUUUAAAGGAGGGUAUAAAGUCUGGAGACAAACUGAGUCACAGUAGUUGCAUUUAUCUCCAGUGUCUUGUGUCGGUGCUCCAAGAUGCAUAAUAAAAUGAACAACUCAGUAAUCGGCGCAGGAUAGUUUCAGGGAGCCUCUAUUACGAGGAACUGGCAUACUGUAGCAAUGAAGACCAUUCUGAUAUAACAAGUUUACAGUUUUUUUACUGAAAGCUGUUGUGUUAAUAACAAGGCACACCCAAUAGCCUGUACAUAUGUAGAAGGACAUAUCAUCCAUCCAUCAAUCCAGACAUCCAUCUAUUCACCCAUGCACCUAUCCAUCCAUUUUCUGUAACCACUUGUCCUGUUCAGGGUUGCGGGGGUCCAGAGCCUAUCCUGGAGGCUAUGGGCGCAAGGUUGGGAAUAACCCAGGAUGGGGUGCCAACCCAUCACAGGGCACACUCACACACCAUUCACUCACAUAGGGCAUAUCAUUUCUUAACCAAAACAAUAACUGUAUAUGCGGCAUAUUUUGUUACAUUUGCAGUGUUCUGUUUAGCUAGGAUCGUUAUGUUGGUUGUUACUGUCGCUUUAAGGUUUUAAUGUCUAAUUGUGUAUCAGAAUGUAUGUUGGACAUUUAGUUGAAAGUCAUCACAUCUCCCUGCCAUCCUCGGAUGUCGUGGAAGGUGACAUGUCAAAGUGCUCUUUGUAUUUACAUCAUUUCUUUUUGGUUUGCACUAUCGCUGCAUCGCAAGCAGUGUGUCAACAUGAUUGACUUUAAUUAAAUGGCUCCCAUUGGGAUUUAGAAUCAGUUUCAAGCCACUUUUUCUCUGUGUAAGCAACCUUUUGACUGCAAGGCAUCAUGGAUCAUUUCACAUCGAUUGGCACUGAAGAGUUUCUUUUUUCUUUGUUUUCCUUCAAAGGGCGAUUUGUUUGCCAAAAUGCUACCACAUUGCAAAUGGAGGCUUAUACCGUAGAGAAAUCUGUAACAAUCCCAGAUAACGGAGACCUCCAUUAUUAUGUAGAUCGAAUACAGUAGCAACUUUGGAAAUACUCUUUGUGUUCUACAUAUUAAUGCUGCGUCUUUUGUUAUGUAUUAGUAUUGCAUGAUUUAUAUUCAAACAAGUAUAGCUUUCAGACAGCAUUUUCAAAUUGCAGAUUUUAUUGUGUCUAUAUGUUGAAUAGGAUACCUUACAUAUCUUUUAUGCACACACGCACGCACACACACACACACACACGGGCGCGCGCACACGCACGCACACAUAUAUAUAAUUUUGCCACUUAUCUGAGUUAAAUUUAAAUUUCAUUGUCAGAUCCUGUGAAGAAUGUAAUGUUCAGUGUUAUUAUUACAUUUCAGUGUAAAACCAGACUUGAUUUUGAAUUCUUCAUAUUUUCCUCACAGUAAGUUAUUGGUGCUGUUAUCAAGAAGAGACUUACUGCACCUUCCAACUGCAACAGAGUUUUGUAAUGAGAAACUAUCACUCACUUGAUGUUUUUAGAGUGGAUCAAACAGCCAUUCUGUGUGCCAUGGAUCAAAUCCAGUCUUACUUCUAUAAUUCAGUAAACCUUUAUCCAAAUGCCAGCUUUGAAGAUGUCAGCCAUCAACUUCUUUUCACUGUUUUGCUUAACGCGGGUGUGGGCGUGUUAAAGUGUUUGUUUUAAAUAGGCAGCUUGACUUGUUACAAAAUGCAGUGUUUGUGAAUUACAAUAUUAUGUUAAUUUUAUUACCGUUUGUCUGCUAUUAAGUAUUGUACUGACAUUUGACACGAUCCUUAAAUGUAAAUUCAAAAAUGAAUGUAAAAAAAGUCUAAAUUUUUUAAUUCACUGUGAGAUGUAACUGUAUUUAUUUUUUGCUGAAAAUAUGUUCCAUCACUUUAGAAAUUCAUCUGUGCCAAUAUUAUUAUUCAACUAUUUUUCUAUGUUUGCUUACUGUAUAAGUACCGGUUGUAACUUGUCUCCCAUGUAUAAAGAUAUAUAAAGUAUAACAGUAAGACCAAUAAUAUAAAUAUAUAAAAAUAAA